CAUUUCCACUGCCUCCAAACUGGGAAUUUCAACCAAUAGAUUGUUCCACUGGCAAAGAACGCGACAUCCACCGGUUCACCAUUGAAAAACAUGAUAUGGAAUACGACCAAAUCCAUGACAUGUUUAAAGCGUCACUGAUAACGACACUGCCAAACGCCGAAGUUGUAAGAAUUGAAAGAAUUCAAAAUCCUCGAUUGCACGAGAUCUAUGAAGGGCAAAAGAAAAAGAUGAGCAAUGGUGGAAAUGAAAUGAGAUUGUUUCAAGGAACUGAAAAGGCUGCCGUGGAGAAUAUUAAUACAACUGGUUUUAACAGAGCUUACUGUGGAAGGAAUGGUAAGCUAAUAUUUUUUGCGUGUCCGUCUUUGGCAUGUAAGAAUAAACAACACUGACCUGAUCUAGUCUUGAUGUGUUACUUGGGGGUGGUCCAUUAUAUAUCCUGGGAAGGGAAAUUUUCCUUGCAACAAUUUUUAAAGUUUGGAGCUUUGUUGAACUUGUUUUUACGGUAUAGAAGCUUUAUGUAUAUUCCAAAUAGUUGCAGUAUUUGUUAUCUUUCUCUAAAUGAUUGCAUUAUUUUUUUAAAUUCUACUCUACCCCUCUCACAGGAUACCUAAUGGCCCACCCCUUACAUGGUCAGGCAAUAGAGCGUUCGCACUCAUUCCCCAGGGACCAACUCAACCAAAGCCAUGGCGGCCAUGUUGGUGUUCCAGACAAAAGAGUACCUGGCGGCUGUGACGUCAUGUUCGAAAUAGGAGGGAAGGGGGCGUCCGCCACACCUUGAUGCCAACAUAUAACGAAAAUACCUCUUUUCUUCACAGCUGUAAAGUUCGGCAAAGGAGUAUACUUUGCAAAGCAUGCUUGGAACUCGGCAAGAAUGAAUUGUGCUGCUCUAGAUGAUGAUAAAGGCUUACAGUAUAUGUACUAUGCUCGAGUGUUGUUG